AUGAAAGUCCUCAGCAUAAAUUUCCUGACCUGUGCCGUCAAGGCCUGCAAGUCCACAUCGGCGUCCUUUCCCUUACGCCCCAAGGACGCGGAGCUGGCGCAAGACGAGAUCGAGGUGAACCCGCAGUUCCUCGUGAACCUGCUCCCCAGACUGGACUGGGCUGCAUUAAAGACUACUACGACAGAGCUGGGCUUCCCCCAACUCCCAGCGGAGGCACCCACCGCCGAGGACCUGGAGGGCAACGAGACGAUGCUCAAGGAGCUGCACUCGCUGCUGGUCGAAACCCAGAUGAUGGAGGGAAAGCUUGUGUGUGGUAACUGCGGGCAUGAGUACCACGUCAAGGAGGGUAUCGCCAACUUCCUGCUACCGAGCCACCUCGUCUAA